GACAUCGUACCGAGAUGGCUCCCCUGUCCGUGCCAGCCUCAAACCCUGGUGGGGCGCCUCUGCUCGCCAUCCAGAGAUCCCGCGAGCCACAGGAGGCCAGGCGCGAGUGCACGUGGGAACUCGCCUCUUCCUGGGCCAGCUCUCCCGUGUUGCCUAGGAAACGCCCAGGCCUCCAACACCGCGCAGCACUGAGAGCAGCUUGGACCCGGCCUCUGCGCGGGGACACCCGGGACUCUGCGCUGCAGGAGGUGCCCGGAGGGCGGGGCUUUGCUGGUAGGCGUGGCCUAGAGCUCCAUCUCUCUCCUGUGAGGCUGGCCGAGCUGCACGCUGACCUGAAGAUGCAAGAGCGGGAUGAGCUUAACUGGAAGAAGCUGAAGGUGGAAGGGCUGGACGAGGAUGGGGAGAGGGAAGCCCUGCUCGUCCGAAAUCUCAACGUCCUCCUGGCCAGGUACGGGCUGGACGGCAGGAAGGACGCGCAGGUGGUGCACAGCAACGCACUGGCCGACGACAUGCAGGACGACGGGCUGGGUGACCCCCGGCUGGAAAAGCUGUGGCACAAGGCGAAGAGCUCGGGGAAGUUCUCCAGCGAAGAGUUGGACAAGCUGUGGCGGGAGUUCCUGCACCACAAAGGCAAGGUCCACGAGUACAACGUGCUGCUGGACACGCUGAGCAGGACUGAAGAGGCCUACAGCAACGCCGUCGCCCCCGUGGACCUGAGCCCCGGCAAGGGCGAGGCCCUGUACGGGAAGCACAGGGAGCUCAAGGAGAAGCUGCAGAGCAUCAACCAGGGCUUUGACCGCCUGCGCAAAGUCAGCCACCAGGGCUACGGCCCUGCCGCAGAGUUCGAGGAGCCUCGGGUGAUCGACCUGUGGGACCUGGCCCAGACCGCCAACCUCACCGAGAAGGAGCUGGAGUCCUUCCGGGAGGAGCUCAAGCACUUCGAAGCCAAGAUUGAGAAGCACAACCACUACCAGAAGCAGCUGGAGAUCUCGCACGAGAAGCUGAAGCAUGUGGAGCGCAUCGGCGACCCGGAGCACGUCGGCCGCAGCAGGGAGAAGUACACCCUGCUGGAGGAGAGGACCAAGGAGCUGGCCUACAAGGUGAAGAAGCAUUUACAGGACCUGUCCAGCAGGGUCUCCAGGAUGCGGCACAAUGAGCUCUGAGGCCGGCACCCAUGGUGGAGACCGAGCAGAGAGCCCAGGGCUGUCCUGCUGUUGUGACAGACCCGUGGUUAGUGCCAGGCUGGGCACAGUGCCGCAGCCAAGAGGACCCCUCCACCUGCCAUCGGACGCGUCCCAGACCCAUGCCCUGGUCCCACCUGGGGCUGACUGACAGGAAUUCCUGUCACUACCCCAUGAGGACCUUGAGGUCCAGCUGCCAGUCCCCCGGACAGUGGGCAUCGCAGGCCUGCAGAGUUGUCCCAGACAUGUUACAGAGCCCUUAAACACACUACAGUCUGCC